AUGACGGACUUCAUUGUGGCACCGGUGUCGGAAGGCAGCAUCGAGUCCAUCCAGUCCAUCCAAUCGGAGGCUGAUCCCAAAGGCCAAGCUUUGGGCAAGGGCCACACGGGCCACACGUACUGGGAAUUCUCCAAGGCCUUCUUGAAGUUGACGUGGCCGCUUUUGCUGGGAAACACUUUGGAGUGGUACGAGUUUGGCAUCUACAGCUACGUGGAGAAAGAGAUCGCGGCCAAUUUCUUUGGAGGAUCUGCAAUGGGCGCCUGGCUGGGCUACGCUGUCACCUUUGUUGCACGGCCCUUGGGAGGAAUCAUCCUUGGCUUUAUCGGCGAUCACUGCGGGCGGAAACUUGCUGUGAACCUCUCCCUUGCGGGCAUGGUCUUUGCCACCGUUGGGCAAGGUCUGCUGCCGGGGGCCCACCUGGGGAAGAACUUCCAGGUGCUGGGCCUGGUGCUUCUGAUUUGCCUGCGAGCAGUGCAGGGCAUCUCCGCGGGGGGUGAGAUCGCGGCCAUCGCGGCCUACAUGAUGGAGGUGUCCCCGAUGCAGACGCUGGGCAUGGCGGUGUGCAUGAUCUCCGUUGGGAGCCAAAUCGCCUGGGCCUUUGCCAGCGCACUGAUGGCGCUGCUGAACUCGUGUCUGGGGCCGGAGCUGAUGCUCACCUGGGGCUGGCGUGUGCCCUUUCUGCUCUCCGCCAUUGCCAUGUGGGGACGGAACCGGAUCCAGGAGAGCGAGGUUUUCAUCGACGAGGUGGAGUCCGACACCAAAAGUGUCUGCAGCGUGGGGGAGCUGGUUCGAAAUCAUCCGGGAAGUCUGCUUGUGGGUAUUGGGGCAGUGGCGGCAACAGCCACCAUGUGGUUCUCGCCACCCUUCUGGACCCUGAGCGCUUUGAUGUCUGACCUGGGGGCCGCCGACGCCCUUUGGGUGGGCAACAGCUGCCAGCUGGUGGGCCUGGCAGUGACGCCCCUGGCGGGACUCCUGGCGGACUACUUUGGGGUGGCCUGGGUGCAGCUGGUGGGGGCGCUCUACUGCGCGCUCGUCUCCUUCCCCACCUACGUGUGGCUCAGCUUCGACGCCUCCCGCCUGGCGGCUUACCUGGGGGUGGGCAUCAUCUUCGGGGUCGCGCAGGGCUUCAACGGGGCGACAGUGUACCUCUUCUGCGCGGAGCUCUUCCCGCCGAAGUUGCGGUGCCAGGGCAUGGCGCUGAGCUACAACCUGGGAGUCUCCUUCCUGGGAGGCUUCAGCGCGAGCAUCUCGCAGGCGCUGCUGGAGGUGUCCUACCACUACGGGCCGGGCAUCUACUGGUCAGCCUCGGGCGUGGUGGCAUCGUGCACAAUCCUUUUGGCGCUUUUGCUGCAGCGAAAGGGGUGGAUCAAGCUGACCCACCGCCGCAGCGCGCCCUACUUCGGCCGGCGCGGGAGGUCUGUGCAGGAUCAGCUGGCCAUCUAA